CGAUAUAUAAUAGUCGAAGCCAGCAAACCCUGUGAUUUCUCUGGCGCUCGCCGAGAGCAAGGGUACUGUUCUGUACAAAGGAAAUAUCAAACAAAGAUACGAACGAUUGCCGUUUCUCUGGGAGAGGGGCAGCGAUUAUGAGCGCGCCUCGUCCGAUUCUCAAAAAGCCAAAACUAGAACUAGACGACGGCAACAACGACGACCGACAACUAGUAAGAAAACCGAAUUCGAUGUCCGAAGAAGAGAACGGUGGAGGAGGAGAAGAGGAAGCCACCAGCAGAGAAGAGCAAGAGGAGGCUUUGGUUGCGUUGAUCGAUCACCGUACUCGUGAAGUUGAACAUCUCAAGACACGUAUCUCCUAUUAUAAAUCUCAGCUCCAGCAAGCAGAGAAAAGGUUGCAUGAAACAGAAGCUCGAUUGGCUCGCAUUAGGGGACAAAGCAAUGCAGCUCCAUCUAAAGCUUCUAUGGGAAAUGGAACUAAAAGUGCAAAGAUGGAGUGUAGAUCAACCAGUCCUAUCCAUACCAUUGAAGGUGCUCCUAGGAACCAGCCUCAAUUGAGAACUGAACUCCUGAUUCCUGCUGCAAAUCCAAAAAUUUCACAACCUAUAAAAUUGGCAGGGUCCAGUACAAAAUUGUCUGUUGGUUCUGGUGCUCAAUCCAGUCCCUCCAUCCACACUAAUACAGUUCCAAAAUUAAAAGCAGAAAAAUCUUACAGAAGUUCUCCUGAUGCAGAAGUUAAUGAAAUUCAGGAUAGAGGAACAAAAAGGAAGCUUGAACAGAAAGAACAUAAGGAGUUGAUUCCAUUGAUACGAAGUAGCUCUUCUCCAUGCACAAUCCGCUGCCAUACAAGUAAUCACAUCUCUAGUCAGCAUAAGAGAAAGUUGAGAAGUCUUGUUCUUUGUCCAGUAAAUGAUCAACUGUUUGCGACCAGUGCUUUGGAUGGAAUGGUCAACUUAUGGCAACUUCAAUCUCGGGGAUCAGGUGCCUCUCUUCUCAGUUCCACUGAUUGUAUGUCUUCAAAGCAUAGGCGGUGGCCAGAAGAUAUGGCUUGGCACCCACUGGGGAACAACCUAUUAUGUACUUACAGUGCUGAUGGUGGGGAUUCUCAGAUAUCAAUUCUAAAUUUGAAUAAAACACAAGGGAGGGCCCGUGUGACGUACUUAGAGGAGAAGCCUCAUGUCAAGGGUAUAAUUAACAGCAUAAUGUUCAUGCCCUGGGAAAAUGCCUGUUUUGCUACGGGUGGUAGUGAUCACGCCGUUAUACUUUGGAAUGAGAAAGAUACUGAGAAUUUAUGGAAGCCAAAGCAAUUGCAUAGGAAUAUGCAUUCUUCAGCUGUCAUGGGAAUUGCUGGAUUGCAACAAAAGCAUGUAGUUCUGUCGGCUGGUGCAGACAAAAAAAUUAUAGGGUUUGACGUUCAGGUAGGGAGAGCAGACUUCAAGCAUCAACUAGAUAGUAAAUGCAUGAGUGUUCUGCCUAAUCCAUGCGAUUUCAAUCUAUUCAUGGUUCAGACAGGGACUCCUGAGAAGCAGCUGAGAUUGUUUGAUAUAAGACUUAGGCAGACAGAGCUUCACUCUUUUGGGUUUAAGCAAGAAAGCAGUGACUCUCAGUCAGCUUUGAUCAAUCAGGCUUGGUCUCCUGAUGGUUUGUACCUGACAUCUGGUUCAGUAGAUCCUGUGAUCCACCUAUUUGAUAUCAGGUACAAUUCUCACAAGCCAUCCCAAUCUGUAAGAGCUCAUCAGAAACGGGUUUUUAAAGCAGUAUGGCAUUACUCUCACCCACUUCUGAUUUCUAUAUCUUCUGAUCUGCACAUUGGGUUGCACAAGAUAUAGCAGUUUUGUGAACAUUUUGGGCCUGUAAAGGCAGUUUCUUCAAUAGCUCGUUUUGCAUUUUGAUGCUCCUUGUUUCAAUUUGAGGUGAAAGAAAUAUAAGACAAGCCUUUGGAGAAUGGCUUGUCUGAGAACAUGAUUUGGCAUAUUUUGCCUUUGAGAUGUAGGAAAAACGAUCCAAAAAUUUUGAACUAGUUGCAAACAGAUAGAUGUUAGCGUUGGUCCUCUAUAUAUGUUCUAUAGGUAGACGCUUGCAACAAACCAGCAGUAUAAUGCUUGUAAUUUUGUUGAGCACUUUUUUGGUUGUAAACUCGUAAGAAUCAAUUGAUUACCUCCUUCGUAACA